AUGCAAUACCCACAACUCUGUCGCCUCCACCACGAGGAUGCACUAUGCCUUUUUGGCAAGCCCAGCAAGCGACAAAGGUAUAGACCCCUCUCGACAGAGGGGGGGACAGAGGAACCACCCAAAGACACUCUCGGCGGCUUCGUAGGCGGCAGCGACACCAUCUCCAACUGGGACCUGGACGUGACGGACGAGGGCGAGUGCGGUCAUGGGGCGCACAGGCAAGGUACCGGUGAUGACGCGGCGAUGGCUGCAUGGGAGGCACACCGCCGGCAACUGCAUGAGUCUCAUGAUAGGCGGCGGAGGGCCCUAGGAAAUCCUUCGGUACGCCCAGCCCUCACAGCUCCGCGCGGGCCUCGCCUGGCUCAAAGGCAGGAACAGAGACGGAGAGCCCGGGCGGAAGGGCAGCAGUGGAGUCCAGCGGGGACACAGCCAUCGAGGCAGGAGGGGGGGCAGCAGAACUGGCUGUUGGGGGAGGCCCGGAAGCCACAGGCAAGGGAGCAGCAGAUGCGGCCGGCGGGAGGGGAGCAGGAGCUGCCGGCGAGAGGGGAGCAGGAGCUGCCAGCGAGAGGGGAGCUGGAGCUGCCGGCGAGAGGGCAGCAAGAGCCGCAGGCAAGAGGGCGGCAGGCGCGGUCGGCAGGCGAGCAGCAGGUACUGCCAAAGGGAGAGCAGCAGGAGCGGCUGGCGGGAGGGCAGCUGGAGCUGCCGGCGGGGGGGGAGCAGGAGCUGCAGGCAGGAGGGAAGCGGGAGGUGCCAGCGGGAGGGCAGCAGGAGGUGCCAACGGGAGGGCAGCAGGAGGUGCCAGCGGGAGGGCAGCAGGAGGCACCAAUGAGAGGGCAGCAGGAGGUGCCGGCGAGAGGGCAGCAGGAGGUGCCGGCGAGAGGGCAGUUGGAGGUGCCGGCGAGAGGGCAGCAGGAGCUGCCGGCUGGGGGGCAGCAAGUGGUAGAAGUGGAGAUGGCCGAGCUACAGCCAGAGGUGCAGCAGGACCAAUCGGGGAACCGUGCCCGGCCACACGCAGGAGGGCAACAGGAGCCGCCCGGGGUAGAGCAGCGUGAGCUGCCAAGGGAAGAGCAGCAGGAGCUGCUGGCAAGGGAGCAGCAAGCAAGGGAGCAGCAAGCGGUAGAAGUGGAGAUGGCCGAGCUACAGCCAGAGGCACAGCAGGACCAAUCGGGAAACCAGGCCUGGCCACUGGCAGGAGGGCAGCAGGGGCCGUCCGGGGGAGAGCAGCUGGAGCUGCCAAGGGAAGAGCGGCAGAAGCCGCCGGGGGUGGGGCAGCUGCCACCAAGGGAGCAGCAAGCGGUGGAUGUGGAGAUGGCCGAGCUAAUGCCAGAGGUGCAGCAGGACCAAUCAGGGAGCCAAGUCCGGCUGCAGGCAGGAGAGCAGCAGGAGCUGCCAGGGGAGGAGCGGCAGGAGCUGCCAACAGGAGGGCAGCUCGAGCUGUCGGGGGGAGGGCAGCAGGAGCUGUCGGAGGGGGAGCGGCGGGAGCUGCCGGCGCGGGGGCAGCUGGAGGUCGCUAGUGCGGACUCUACAAGCCAAGCGAAGAGAACCCGGGCACGGGGCCGAGGCGGGAGACGACACGCCCGUAAGACGCAAGGGCGAACUGGAAGCGGAGCUGCCGCACAGCAGGCGGAGGGGCAGCCGGGGGCGACCGAGACACCCCCGGGAGCUCCGCGGGUGGGGGGGCAGCCCUGGGUGCCCGGGGCGCCCCAAGGAGAGCAGCAGCCAGGGGAGCUGCCGGGGGUGACCGGAGCACCCCAGGGAGAGCAACAGGCAGGGGGGCAGCCGAGGGUGCCCGGAGCACCAAAGGGAGUGCAGCAGGCAGGGGGGCAGCCGGGGGUGCCCGGGGCACCCCAGGGAGUGCAGCAGGCAGGAGGGCAGCCGAGGGUGCCCGGGGCACCCCAGGGAGUGCAGCAGACAGGGGGGCAACCGGGGGUGCCCGGGGCACCCCAAGGGGUGCAGCAGGCAGAAGGGCAGCCGAGGGUGUCCGGGGCACCCCAGGGAGUGCAGCAGGCAGGAGGGCAGCCGGGGGUGCCCGGGGCACCCCAGGGAGUGCAGCAGGCAGGGGGGCAGCCGGGGGUGCCCGGGGCACCCCAGGGAGUGCAGCAGACAGGGGGGCAGCCGGGGGUGCCCGGGGCACCCCAGAGAGUGCAGCAGGCAGGAGGGCAGCCGAGGGUGCCCGGGGCACCCCAGGGAGUGCAGCAGGCAGGGGGGCAACCGGGGGUGCCCGGGGCACCCCAGGGGGUGCAGCAGGCAGGAGGGCAGCCGAGGGUGCCCGGGGCACCCAAGGGAGUGCAGCAGGCAGGGGGUCAGCCGGGGGUGCCCGGGGCACCCCAGGGGGUGCAGCAGGCAGGGGGGCAGCCGGGGGUGCCCGGGGCACCCCAGGGAGUGCAGCAGGCAGGGGGGCAACCGGGGGUGCCCGGGGCACCCCGGGGGGUGCAGCAGGCAGGAGGGCAGCCGAGGGUGCCUGGGGCACCCCAGGGAGUGCAGCAGGCAGGGGGUCAGUCGGGGAUGCCCGGAGCACCCCUGGGAGUGCAGCAGGCAGGAGGGCAGCCGGGGGUGCCCGGGGCACCCCAGAGAGUGCAGCAGGCAGGGGGGCAGCCGAGGGUGCCCGGAGCUCCCCAGGGAGUGCAGCAGGCAGGGGGGCAACCGGGGGUGCCCGGGGCACCCCGGGGGGUGCAGCAGGCAGGAGGGCAGCCGAGGGUGCCCAGGGCACCCCGGGGGGCGCAGCAGGCAGGAGGGCAGCUGAGGGUGCCCGGAGCACCCCAGGGAGUGCAGCAGGCAGGGGGGCAACCGGGGGUGCCCGGGGCACCCCAGGGAGUGCAGCAGGCAGGGGGUCAGCCGGGGGUGCCCGGGGCACCCCAGGGAGUGCAGCAGGCAGGAGGGCAGCAGGGGGUGCCCGGGGCACCCCAGGGAGUGCAGCAGGCAGGGGGGCAACCGGGGGUGCCCGGGGAACCCCAGGGAGUUCAGCAGGCAGGGGGUCAGCCGGGGGUGCCCGGGGCGCCCCAGGGAGUGCAGCAGGCAGGUGGGGAGCCGGGGGUGCCCAGGGCACCCCAGGGAGUGCAGCAGGCAGGAGGGCAGCAGGGGGUGCCCGGAGCACCCCAGGGAGUGCAGCAGGCAGGAGGGCAGCCGAGGGUGCCCGGGGCACCCCGGGGAGUGCAGCAGGCAGGUGGACAACCGGGGGUGCCCGGGGCACCUCAGGGAGUGCAGCAGGCAGGAGGGCAGCCGGGGGUGCCCGGGGCACCCCAGGGAGUGCAGCAGGCAGGGGGGCAACCGGGGGUGCCCGGGGCACCCCAGGGAGUGCAGCAGGCAGGGGGUCAGCCGGGGGUGCCCGGAGCACCCCAGGGAGUGCAGCAGGCAGGAGGGCAGCCGAGGGUGCCCGGGGCACCCCAGGGAGUGCAGCAGCACCCCAGGGAGUGCAGCAGGCAGGAGGGCAGUCGAUGGUGCCUGGGGAACCCAGGGAGUGCAGCAAGGAGGAGGGCAGGGAGUGCAGCAGGCAGGAGGGCAGCUGAGGGUGCUCGAAGCACCCCAGGGGAAGCAGCAGGUAGGGGGGCAGCCGGGGGUGACCGGAGCACCCCAGGGAGUGCAGCAGGCAGGAGGGCAGUCGAUGGUGCCUGGGGAACCCAGGGAGUGCAGCAAGGAGGAGGGCAGGGAGUGCAGCAGGCAGGAGGGCAGCUGAGGGUGCUCGAAGCACCCCAGGGGAAGCAGCAGGUAGGGGGGCAGCCGGGGGUGACUGGGGCACCCCAGGGAGUGCAGCAGGCAGGAGGGCAGCCGAGGGUGCCCUGGGCACCCCAAGGAGCACAUCAAUCAGGGGGGCGAUCGAUGGACGACCAGGAGCAACAGCUGGAGGAGUGGUGUCGAAUUUUGGAGCUGGAUACCCCCAUGGCGACUGUGGAGGAGUCAGAGGCGGACGAAGCACCUCCCAUGCCGCCUUCCCCAUGCCCCCGCUUUCCGUGCGACACGUGUUUCCACACUUUCGCUACGCGGGGGGCCGCCGCGAACCACAUGAGGGUAUGCCGAGCGGCGGAGGCGGAGAGGCGUGCACAGGCUCUCGGCUCGAUUCCGUCUCUGGUGGAGACCGACACGCAGGAGCGAUCGACGCCGCGGGAAUUUGGGGAGGAGGCGUGGGCUGGGGUUACGUCAUGGGAAUGGGAAACAUUUUUCAGCGUGGAGGCGGUUGGAGGGAGGACAGUGCGCCGGAUCCCACAGCGGGCCAGGUCGGGGGUUUUAAACGCGCUCUGUUGCAUCCUUAAGUGCUUGAAGAGCCAGCCGGGAGAUGAAGCCGCUACCCUCCUACUCUUAGCGUUUCCGUGCCUCAUCCUAGCCAUGCCUCCCAAGCCAGGCAUAGGUCAGAAGGCGCUUAUCACAGAGCGGUUGGGUGCGUUCUGGGAGGGGAGGUGGCGGGAGCUGUUCGAUUCUGCCAUGGUGGCGGCGCGGCCAGCAGUUUGCCCACUUUCCUACACUUGCUCUGACCAGGACCCGGAUACCAUCCGCCUGUCACGGUGCCGAUCUCGGUGCAAAGUGGGGGAGUGGAGCCGUGGAUUGGCCUGCCUUACAGCAGGGGAGUUGGCUCGACCGUCGGAGGUCAUGGUGCAGUCGCUGCGAGAGAAGCACCCGGCUAGCGCUGGCGAGGUACCACAGUGGGUCCGCGAUUUCACCAUCGAUACUGCUCAACGGCCUUCACUCACGACCGACAUCCUGGCCAGAGCUAUCCAUACAGCCGCUCGAGCUUCAGCAGCAGGGCCAUCGGGGUGGGUCACAGAGCAUCUGCGCGACACCUUCCUCACUGAACCUUCCUGCGUUUCCCACUUGUUGGAAGUGUUCAACCAAUGGGUGGCAGGACAGGUCCCCGAGCGGGCUCAGCCGUGGCUCGCCGCAUCCAACCUAGUCGGGCUUUCCAAGCCUAACGGCGACGUCCGGCCGGUGGCGAUCGGGGAGGUGCUUCCUCGUAUCCUAACUCGAGCUCUCUGCAUCUCGCUCCGCCCUGCAAUGGUUUCCUACUUCCUGCCGUGCAACCAGCUGGGAGCGGGCACCAAGGUCGGGGCGGAGAUUCUUACUCACUCUUUCCGGUCAGCGCUGGCCACUCACCCCGACUGGUGUGCGCUACAGAUAGACGUCGCAAACGCCUUCAAUUCGUUUCACCGUCAUGUGAUGUUCGAUGGGCUGCGGGAGUCGCCUUUCUCAGGGAUGAUCCCAUUCUUGCGUGUCUUUUAUGGGACACCUAGCGACCUGUACCUCCGAGCAGGCCCUUUCGUACAGAGCCUCGAGUCAGCACGGGGAUCGAGGCAGGGGGACCCGCUUGGCCCUUUUCUUUUCGCGUUCACUCAGCAACAGGUGAUGGAGCCGGAUACUAGGGAGCUCAAGGACCUGCUUUUCCUCAGCUAUGCAGAUGAUACCUAUAUUUUGGGGCCAGCGGCUAGGAUUCUGGAGGCUUUUGGGGUGCUUCGGGAGCGGUUGGAGUGGGUGGGGCUGGAGGUGCAGGCGCACAAGUGCCGGUUUUGGGAGCGCAAGGGCAAGGAGGUGGAGCGGGCACUGCCAUUGGGGAUGCAGCGGGUGGAUGAGGGUCUUACUGUGGUGGGCGUGCCUAUUGGAGAGGAGGUUUGGGAGGUGGUCCGGCUACGGGAGCGGCUUCGACAGUUGCAGGCGCCACUGCCAUGGCUCCCCUUGCUCGACCACCCCCAGAUGGCUUCACACCUCCUCGCCAUUGCAGUUUCAGCGCGGCCGAUGUACCUCGCCCGGACUAUGCCGCCGCGUCCGGAGGUAGUUGAGGCUUUUAGGGAUUGGGACAGCUGUUUAGAGGAUUGCUUUGAGCAGCUUUUUCCACCUGGCACUUGGGAGCAGGACCCCGACCGGUCUAGGCGCGCACGCAUACAGCUGCAUCUCCUUGUGCGUCUCGGAGGGUUCGGGAUUCGGGCGGCGACCUCUUUGAGCCCACUGUCCUAUGUUUGUGGGUGGGCGCAGGCCGCGCGUGACAUUGCACAGUUAGGGGUGGCGGGUGAGGAGGCGAUGUUUGCAGAGUACCCCACCACUUCGACAGGGGCAGAGUUUCUUGACCCGUGGUUUGUCAAGGCGGCCCCUCCUGUUCGGCUUUUCCAGGCGCGGCAGCGGCAGUUAGCUGUAGAGGAGCUCCAGGCAGUGCGCCGCUUGGCUCGUGACGAUGCCACCUUGGCCCGUUUCACAUCCCUUCAGGGCCCGGGGGCAGGUGCAUGGGUUUCGGCGGUUCCGGCUCACUCAGAUCUCACAUUCACUGCGGCUGAGUGGGGCAUUGCUGCUGCUAUACGGCUCGGCCUCCCAAUCCAGCAGCUGCAGGUGGCGGGGAGGUGUGUUUGUGGCACAGCGUUUGUUGACCCAGCAGAUCCGCACCAUGCCCUGAGAUGCAGGCAUCAGCAUGGUCCUUCUCGGGUGCAUGAUGAGGUGAAGUUUGCGGUGGCGAAGAUCUCUAAGGCGUCGGGGGGGGUGGUGACAAUGGAGGAUAGUGUGGUGUUGCAUGGGAAGCGGGUUGAUGUGGCGGUGCGACGUCCAAUGGCUAGAGAGGCUCACGCCCUAGAGAUCAGCGUCGCGGACCCGCUAUCACUGUCUCCAUCACUGCUGGGACAGUGCGGGCGUCAAAUAGGUGUGGCGGCAAGGGAGUGGGAGCGCCGCAAAACGAGUGACUACGCGCCUCUGCUUGCACGCAACCGGGGCGUGCAGUUCACCCCUUUGAUAGUUGAGACGUGGGGGUGUCUCGGCGGUCGUUUUCAGCGGUGGCUUCGUCAGCAGGGGGAUGCGCACGUGGGACUAGCUGUGUCGCGGGGGGCUUGUCGAGAGGACGACUCUGUGUUUUCGGCUUAUCUUUUAGGGUCACUGAAGGCGCUCAUCGGGGUGGCGUUACAACGGGCGCAAGCCCGUGUCAUCCUGCUUCGAACAGUGUCUUCCAUGGGGGGGGUAAACGUAGAUUUGGUGGAUCGGGAGUGGGACGAUGUCGAUGUGGAAGGCGGGGCUCUCUGGGUGGAGGCCCCGUACAUGGUCGAUACGUUGAUGUGA